AUUGAAGAUUUGCACAACUGGAUAAUUGAUUGGAAGGGCCACGUGUUGUCAGGCCUCAGUCCUCUAUUCAGAAGAGAAAAAGCGGUCUCUUGGUUCGGGAAAGGCUGCGCGGAUGCUUAGCGGGAGCACUGCGUCCACUUCACCCAGCACCGUCGACAGUCUACUCCAGGGCUCCACACGCUCCACAAUGUCUUCCUUGACCUCCCAUGGCUCCAUGCCGCAACCUCAAUCUAGACAAAUGCACAGCAAACUUCAACCCCUCAGUGAGGACGAUGUACUUUCGCACUAUGAGAUGAAUCAGACGCAUCCUUCGUUGACAGGCCUGGUUGCACCACAUGUAUCUGCUGGACCCUCCAAUUCACUUCCUCCCCUCCCACACCCGGCACUUGAUCUUAUUCUUAUCGUGUCGCUACCUCCACCGAGUGAUCCCCGCAGCACCACGGCACUUAAGCUCUGCGUCAUCAAGGCAUCGCUGGACCUUAUCCUUGCUGCUCUCAGAACCAAGGAUUGUUUGAGUCUCGUCACCUUUGAAGUGGGACCUGGUGGACAUGUGCGCAAGGUGCCUUAUCUUUGUGUUGGCAAGGCGCUCAGCCGAGGGGAGCUGUCCAAGUUCGUCGAUGAGAUUGGACGUUCGGAUGAGGGGCAAGACGUUGAGUUCUUGGUGAGGGCUUCCAAAGAGGAGAAGACGGACGUUGUGACUGCGGUUAACCAUGUAUCACCAACUUCACCAACGUCGCCGCAACCUUCAAAGGCAUCAUCUUGCACUCACCUCCUACAAAGCCCAGCUCAUCGCCCACAAAGCCAAGAUUUACGUCUGCCGCGCGGUCCCCAUUGGCAAGAAGGUCUCAAAUCUAUGCAAUUCCCUCGGCGUCCCCAUCCCCAUCCGUGUCUUCGGCCCUGACUCCCACAUCACUGAAAUCGUCCCCUCGCCCUUGGUCUAAAAUCCACAACAAG